AAUUUGCCUGCCUAAAGAAAUAAAACUAUGAUACAUUCUUGCAAAGCAGAGAUUUCAAUUAUGCAGCUGCUCCAAGAAACACCAAAGAAGACAGCAGACUAGGAAACAAAAAAACAAAAAACAAAAAAAAUUCAAGGAGGCUGAGAACAUCUGUUAGCAAGAAAUAAUAACAACCGUUCUGCCUAUUAUUCCAAAUAAUCUUCAUGUAGCAGCUGAUUCUGUCCACGCCUGAGAGAGAGAGAGAAUGAAUGAAGGAGAGGAUUGCAGACCAUGCACACAGGCACACAAACAGAGUAUACAUGUAUAAACAUCCUUCGCCUUCUCUCAAUCCCAUGAUCCACCACGAGCUUCAGCCUGCAUUUUAAGUGAACCUUCUCCACGACAACUUGUUUGCCGUCACCUGUGAGUGAUUGUGUUGCACGGGACAGGUGAGAGAGCCGGAGUGUAGAAGGCGACUCCAGUGACACACACCCCACCCCACCCUACCCCCACAACCCGCUGGUCUGCGUACUUGCAACCGUCGUCAUCAUCAAACAACACAGCCCUCCUCUGCUGUACUGUCGAUACCAUUUCCAGAGUCACAAGAGAAAAAUAACGAGCGAAGUGGAGGAGAAAGAAUGUCUUGACAGAGUCGAGUUCGCACACCACUGUGCACGUGACAUCACCCACCGUGUGUAACAUCACUUGCAGCGGGUACAACACCUUGGUUGUGGUUGUCGUUGGGCUGUCAGGAGGCAGAAAACAAGUAUAAACAGAGCAGCAAGUGAUCCCAUGGCUGAUCUGCAUCGUUCCCUGGGAUGUCUCCUGCUUUUCCUUCAUUGCGUCAUACGCGAGGUGUCGUCGACCUACCACCACAACCUGUCUGUUCACUUCCUGUGCGACCCUCAUGAAGUCUCGCCCUACGUGCGAGACAUGCCGUGGGACUGUUCGGCCUACGUGGUCUGUGCCUGGGGCAAAGCCAUCCCCACCCAGUGUCCAGCGGGCAAGUCCUUCAGCGGCUCGGGGCGCCACCACAAGUGUCUGCCCUCGGAAAUUGUGGACCACUCGCGCUGUGACGGCGCCAUGUUCAACUACACUGCGGAGAUUUGCCAGAAAAACCCCACAGCCCGUGUACCCAGUCCCGAGAGCUGUAGUUUGUACAUAGACUGCACCAACGUGGGGGGCGGCCAGCAGGACCCGGGCUGGGAGUUCAUGAACUACCUUCUGGAGUGUCCCUACCCACAGCUCUUCUCCACCGACACCGGCGGCUGCCAGCACCACAGCUUCGUCAACUGUCGACAUCGACCAGAACCCAGGGCCCCAUGUGAUUACCUACAGUACCUACAGCUCCACGAGUGCAAGAGCCGCAGCUGUCCAGCCUGCCAGCUGCACCACCCCAGCUGUGUCGGCAUGCCCGACGGCUCCCACCCGGUCCCCGAGCGCUCCGAUGUCGUCAUGGAAUGUUCGAAAGACCGCACCGUCAACAUCGUCACGUGUCCACCUGGAUAUACCUUCGAUCACCAAGCUCACCUGUGCGCCAGAGUCAAGGCUGCCGAGGGGUGACCCACCCAAACUCACAAAACACAGUUAUCUCCUGUGAAUAAGAGACAAACCUCGGACUGCAGGGUGGGCUUCUCUCUCACUCUAUGUGUGUGCGUGCGUGUCCGUGCGCAGUCAGACUCGAGGACAAGGAUGAGGAAGAUUGAGUGAAUUUGAAAGAAACAAAAACAUCACGUGACGGUAGAUUAAUUUAUAUCCAGUAACCCAGAAACAUAACGGAUUAUAAAUGUUGCAAGUGAUUAAAAACAUUUAUUCUCUC